CGCCUUCACCUGUUCUCCCCGCGCGAGGACCACACUCCUCAGGCUCCGAGCCGGCGAGUCCGAGCGCACGGCCGGGGAUCUGUGUGCACCCCAGGGCGCCACCGCGGCGGGCAGAAACUGGGCCCCUGCCCUGUCCCCGAGGAAGAUUGUAUCACCCGGAAGUCUCAGCACAUUACAAAGGCACUUGUUUCUGUGGCUGCUUCCCAGUAAUGAUGGCUGUGUGAGCAUCCACUAUGGCCCACCACAAGCGCCAGAGCACUGCGAGCAGCAUGUUGGACCACAGGGCUAGGCCAAGUCCUAUCCCCCAAGGCCAGGAGCCUGAGAGUGAGGAUGUGGAACUGCCUUUGGAGGGUUAUGUGUCCAAGGGCCUGGAGUUGGCCACUCUUCGGCCAGAGAGCCCCAUGCCCGAGGAGCAGGAGUGCCACAACCAUAGCCCUGAUGGGGACUCUAGCUCUGACUAUGUAAACAAUACAUCGGAGGAGGAGGACUAUGAUGAGGGCCUCCCUGAAGAAGAGGAGGGCAUUACCUACUAUAUCCGCUACUGCCCUGAGGAUGACAGCUACCUGGAGGGCAUGGACUGUAACGGGGAAGAGUACAUGACUCAUGGUGCACAUACUGUGGACACUGAUGAGUGCCAGGAAGCCGUGGAGGAGUGGACAGACUCGGCGGGCCCUCACACUCAUGGCCAUGGGGCUGAAGGCAUCCAGAACUACCCAGAUAGCCACCUGCCUAUCCCAGAGGAUGAGUCCUCUGUCCUGGAGGUCCAUGACCAAGAGGAAGGUGGCCACUACUGUUCCAACAAAGAAGGCUACCAGGACUACUACCCCUCAGAGGCCAAUGGGAAUGCAGGUGGUGCCUCCCCAUACCGCCUGAGGCGUGGGGAGGGGGACCUGGAGGAGCAGGAGGAGGACAUCGACCAGAUCGUGGCCGAGAUCAAGAUGAGCUUGAGCAUGACCAGCAUUACCAGCACCAGCGAGGCCAGCCCUGAGCACAUGCCCGAGCUGGGGCCUGGGGACUCCACAGAGGCCUGCCCACCUGGAGAGGUCAGUCGUGGGCCCAGUAGACACGAGGCAAGGCCCAAGUCACUGAACCUCCCUCCAGAGACCAAGCACUCUGGAGAGCCUCAGAGAGGCCUAAAGACCAAGAUCCGAACCCCAGAGGAGAGGCCAAAGUGGUCCCAGGAACAGGUUUGCAAUGGUUUGGAGCAGCCCAGGAAGCAGCAGCGCUCUGAUCUCAAUGGGCCCAUUGACAACAACAACAUCCCAGAGACAAAGAAGGUGGCAUCAUUUCCAAGCUUUGUGGCUGUUCCAGGGCCCUGUGAGCCAGAGGACCUCAUCGAUGGCAUCAUCUUUGCUGCCAACUACCUGGGCUCUACCCAGCUGCUCUCAGAACGCAAUCCAUCCAAAAACAUUCGGAUGAUGCAGGCCCAGGAGGCCGUCAGCAGAGUCAAGAGGAUGCAGAAGGCUGCUAAGAUCAAGAAAAAAGCGAACUCUGAGGGAGACGCUCAGACGCUGACGGAAGUAGACCUCUUUAUCUCCACGCAGAGGAUCAAGGUUUUAAAUGCGGACACGCAGGAAACCAUGAUGGACCAUGCCUUGCGCACUAUCUCCUACAUUGCAGACAUUGGGAAUAUUGUGGUUCUCAUGGCCAGACGCCGCAUGCCCCGGUCAGCCUCUCAAGACUGCAUCGAGACCACUCCUGGGGCCCAAGAGGGGAAGAAGCAGUAUAAGAUGAUCUGCCACGUGUUUGAGUCAGAGGAUGCCCAGCUGAUAGCCCAGUCCAUUGGACAGGCCUUCAGUGUGGCCUACCAGGAGUUCCUGAGGGCCAAUGGAAUCAAUCCUGAAGACCUGAGCCAGAAGGAAUACAGCGACAUUAUCAACACCCAGGAGAUGUACAAUGAUGACCUCAUCCACUUCUCAAACUCAGAGAACUGCAAGGAGCUGCAGCUGGAGAAGCACAAGGGUGAGAUUCUGGGCGUGGUAGUUGUGGAGUCAGGCUGGGGCUCCAUCUUGCCCACAGUGAUCCUGGCCAACAUGAUGAAUGGAGGCCCGGCAGCCCGCUCAGGGAAGCUGAGCAUCGGAGACCAGAUCAUGUCCAUCAAUGGCACCAGCCUGGUGGGGCUGCCUCUUGCCACCUGCCAGGGUAUCAUCAAGGGCCUGAAGAACCAGACACAGGUAAAGCUCAACAUUGUCAGCUGUCCCCCUGUCACCACGGUCCUCAUCAAGCGGCCGGACCUCAAGUACCAGCUGGGUUUCAGUGUGCAGAAUGGAAUUAUUUGUAGCCUCAUGAGAGGGGGCAUCGCGGAACGAGGUGGUGUCCGCGUCGGCCAUCGCAUCAUUGAGAUCAAUGGGCAGAGUGUGGUUGCCACAGCCCAUGAGAAGAUAGUCCAAGCUCUGUCCAACUCUGUGGGAGAGAUCCACAUGAAGACCAUGCCUGCCGCCAUGUUCAGGCUCCUCACGGGCCAGGAGACCCCACUGUACAUCUAGCCCACCUGCCUUGCCAUGGAGCGGGGAUACCAGGCUAACCCACCUGGGCCCAGAGGAGCCGGAAGCCAGGACAAAGCCCUGACCCUUGACCCCACAGCCCAACUAAAGACACUGACUCCCCUGAAGGAUGUGCCCUCGUCACCUAGUUCUUUUUUCCUUUUCUCUUUCUUUUUUCCUCCCCCCCCCCAAAAGGGUAUGUCUUUAUCAAAGGAGAGUCACAGGAACAACAGUCCUUCAUAAAAACAUUCCAGUGUUCUGCCACAUUCUCACCACGGCUGAUGAAGGGUGCUCACAUGGGUAGCUCUGUGUGGUGCAGUGUGUCCUUCCUACCUGAGGCUGUGCAGCAUGGAUGUGGUAUCUGCCUGAGUGUCCAUGAAGGGAGUCCUCUGUGGAUUGCAGCUUCUGGGCAGUGGAAAAUCAUCUUCUACCCUUUGGCUGGGCAUCUGAGGUUCUACAGGCCCCCACAACAGGCCCACAUGGCCAGUUCUGCCUCCACCUGUGUGGGAGCAUGGGCAGCCUGGCUCCCGGAAGGGGCUUGUGCCCAGUUUGGGAACAUGUGAUUAACUGUAAGUAUUUACACAGAAAGGAGAUACUCCUGAGUUAAAUAAAAGAUUAUGGUCACAAUGUGAAAACUCCAUAUUUAUUUAGAAAAUAUUACCAUUUGGACUUUGACAUUACAAGCCGUUCUUCAGAUGUUUAGGGUUUUCCGACGACACAUGACCACACCUGCUUCUCCUGUCGUAACCUGUUCUGUGGGUCCUCCAUGACUGUGAACUUCCCUGGGCAUCUUCGCCUCCCCCUGACCCUUUCUCCAUCACAGGGCUCUCCACAGGAAACAUUGUGCCAAGAACCAAGGACAGCAGCACAGGAGACUGUCCCUAUUUAAAAUCUAUUUACACGCACACAGCCACACACAUGCUGUCCCCAAACAAGCAAGCCCAUGCCAGAAAACCCCACUUCUGCCAUUCGUGCAGGGACCAGCCAGGAGUGCAAAUUAUUUGGCAAGCAAGGUGCCUGCCUGCUGUGAGCAGUGUUAGCGUGUGUAGACCACGGAGCACAGCGGCUGGCUCAGCUCAUUAGAGAUCAAUGUUAGCUGACGUCAUUUUGUCUGGAAGUCUUUUUCUUUGGCUCAGGCCUUGGAGAAUACACUGUGACUUAAGAAGCCUUACCACUCAGUAACUAAAGCUUUCAGGUUACUGUCCUCGAGGAGGAGCCUGUGUGUUGCAUGCAGCUGACCCUAGGAAGACUUCGUGCAUAUUGCUAAUAAACCUGAAGUCAUGAUGCAAA